ACUUGUAGGCUCACACCAACUACUUCCCACGAAAGUGGAGCAAAAAGCUCUAGUAUAUAUAAGUCAUGGGGUGAGCUCUUUAUGCAGAAUAUUUAGCUGAAUGGAUGCAAUGGGUGAUAGGGAAGGCCCUAGGCUUGUGAGCUCCACUGCACUUUGGAGGGGUGAACGCCGGCCAGCCCAAAUCGUCCAGGUAUCGCAGUUGGAGCAGGACUUUCAGCGAGCACCUCAACAGCGCGAAAGUGGGUCCUUACCAUUUGAUACAGAAUAUAGUCGAUGGUUGGAAGAACACACCAAACACAUCAAUGAAUUGAGGACUGCUGUCAAUUCACAUGCAAGUGAUCCUGAACUGCGAAGUAUUGUGGAUAAUGUCAUUGCACAUUACGAUGAGGUCUAUAGGAUGAAAGCAAAUACAGCCAAGGGUAACGUAGAGCAUCUCUUGUCAGGGAUGUGGAAAACCCCUGCUGAGCGGUGUUUUAUGUGGAUUGGUGACUUCCGCCCCUCCUUACUGCUUAAGCUUCUAGGCAAUCAGUUAGAGCCUCUGAGUGAGCAACAGUUAUUAGCCAUUGAAAACUUGCAGCUGUCAUCCCAUAAUUCUGAAGAUGCUCUCUCACAAGGUAUGCAGGCGUUGGAGCAAUCCUUGGGGGAGACAUUAGCCAUCGGAUCUCCAUUUACUGAAGGGUCAUCAGGGAAUGUAGCUACUAAAUAUAUGGGUCAAAUGGAAAUGGCUAUGGGGAAAUUGGCGACUCUUGAAGCUUUUUUCCAUCAGGCAGACCUCCUGCGUCAACGAGCAUUGCAUCAAAUGCAUUGCGUAUUGACAACCAGACAAUCAGCCCGUGCUCUUCUUGCAAUAAGUGGAUACUUCUCGGGUCUUCGAGCUCUCAGCUCUAUUUGGCUCGCCAGACCACGAGAGCAAUAAGCACAAGCACGACAUGCAUUGCAGUAUUCUGCUGAAAUUCGGACACUACUUUGAUACACUGGCCAGUAUAUGAUAUGCAGCUUAGUUGCUAUAUUUUAAAGUGGUAUUGUAUGUGCUUGUGGAAGUGCAAAUUUUGUUUUUCAUAGUAUAGAGAUAUUUAGCAGGGAUGUUUGUAAUUUAGGGUGUGUUUGGUAUGAAGGUUUUUCAAUUUUCUCAUGUUUGGUUGGGUUAAAUGU